UGACGCAGUAACUAGAGAGUUUUAGAAACGUGCAACAAACAGUUUUUGCUCUAGCCGCGUGCUUGCGUCGCACGAGCUCCCCUUCCUAAAGAGCUGCGUGUCACACUCUUUCAAGGGAACACUCGAACAUCGCCAGUAAAUCUGGUGUCCUUUCGAGAUAGCGAGGAACGGCGCCUGCGCAUGCUGACGCCGUGCUUCGCCGCUCGCCUCUGACCGCGGGUCUGUUUGUUGGUCCUGGUUCGACGAAUGCACCGCACAGGCUUCUCUUACACCCAGACUUUAAUCCGCUCGGCUUAGUGCCCCCCUCCGUGACUGCCGUCACUGCCAGCUCGCUUGUGCCAGUGCCUGGUUUCCCCAACGAACACCAGCACCUGGCCACUUCUUCCGCCGUCUUCGCCGCCCACCUUGCGUGCGCUUCCCCGCCCACCACCAGACCUAAGCGACUAAGCCAUUCCUCGAGCUGCACGGGGCAGCUCGCCUUUCACCACGUCUUCCCUAAAGAAACGGAGGAUUACCCGCCAGUCGACCAGGGAGCACAACAAGCCCGAGGACUUGGUGCUGCCCUCCACCGAAGUAGACACCGAUCCCGCCUUCUCCUUCUCUGCCGCCUCCGUCUCUGGCCUGAGCACGCCUUCUGCCUUGCCCCGUGCCGACUCGCUGCCUCCGUCCGGUGUGCCGCCCCGCCUUCAAAGCCAGGGCGCCUCCAUUGCCGAUUCCCCGUCUUCCGCCGCGAGCUCUCCCUGUGCUGGCUCGGCCGACCUGUCGACCGAGCUCGACCGGGAUCCCGACCUCGUCGACGGCUCGACCUUGCAGCUGCCGGAACACGGACACGGACCGGCAAGGGAUCAGUCGCCCGUUCACCAAUACGUCCGCCGAGCUCUAAUGGGGGGUGCCGCCGAUUCUCCCCAUCGGUCCUCCUCUCCCCUCAAGCGCCGAGCACCCAGCAUGGAACCAGAGCAGAACGUUGCGGAAGGGAGGGAGGACGUGGAUAUGCUCACAAUCACGGAAUCUCAAAGGACAGAAACGGCAGAUGGGCCGAAAGAAGAGCAGGGCAACCAGGAGGAGACUGAGGCCCCAGAAAAUCCUCCGCCCGACAAACAGGCAGAGCUGCCCUUACGAAAUGACAUCCCGCCGCUCGACCAACAAAUCAAGACGAUCGAGACCCUCGUGCAGGCCUUUGCUGAGACCCCCGUGAAGGAGGGCGACGAGGCAUAUCUCGUGUCUCGGAAAUGGCUCGCCAAAGCUCAGGCAUGUCGUUCGGAUGCAAAGCACGCCAGCAAGGAAUCCUCAGACGGGUCACCCGGGCCGGUCGACAACUCGGAUAUCAUCCAAGCCAUCUUCACAGACUCCACCGGCGAGCGCUGCGUCAAGCUGAAACCCGGCACGGGCAUUGAGGAUUUCGAGCUCUUUCCAAAGGACGCGUGGGAUCUCCUCCUUUCGUGGUACGGCUUGGCUGCCGGCCAGUCGCCCAUUGUCCGGGUCGCACACAACACGGCACCAGACUCCGUGAGCAUCCCGACCAUUCAGUUCGAGUUCCAUCCUCCGGUGUUCACCAUCCACCGGAUGUGGUCUGCGAACAGUCCCAUUCCGAUUGAACAGGAAGUCAAGCUCAAGAAGCCUGCGCCCCCCGUCAUAGUCCAAAGCACAUCCUCUAGUUACCACAAAUUCUUGAAGCAGGCCAAGAAGCUUGUUGGCGUGGCUCCCGACAGGAAAGUUCGCGUGUGGAGGCUGCUCCAGACCAUUCCAGCCACAGAGCCCACCUCGGAGCCGUCGGGGAUCAAGACGCCGCCAGAUUCACCCGGCCGUGGUCACGGAGUUCUCACUCAGGCUCCAUCUACCCCCGGCGCCUGGCCCGAAAUGCUUGUCGACGUGGCAACGUUCUUGACCCUGGAGAAGGACGUCGAACGCGGCCUGGUUGACAGCGAGGACACCACUACUAAUCCUAACUACAACGGAAGGAAGAACCUGGCGUUAGUAGGCCUUGCUGUUGACCAGACGCUUGUUCUGGAUGAGCAGAUUGAUCGUGACGCCUUCGUCUCCAACUAUCGAGGCGGCACCGUCAAGGAUAGAGCUCUAGCGGCCCGAAGCAGCUCGACAGGCCUCGUGGCGCAACGCGGUAAUGCCAGCGGACGCAGCAGUCCCGCACCUCAGGGGGCCCUCACAAGGGGCCGGGCGCAGCAAAAGCCAGGGCGCACCUUGGGCUGCGUCGGUUUGCAGAAUCUGGGCAACACGUGCUACAUGAACUCGGCGCUGCAAUGUGUGCGGAGCGUCGAAGAGCUCACAAAAUACUUCCUCACACACGAAGCGCAGAAGGAGAUCAACCCGGACAACCCGCUCUCUCACAAUGGCGAGGUUGCUGCCGCCUAUGGGCGCCUGCUGGAGGAGAUCUACAGGGACCCUGCUCCCGGCUCCAUCGCCCCACGCCAUUUCAAAGCUGUCAUCGGGCGGUAUGCGUCGGCCUUUUCCGGAUACGGCCAGCAGGACUCUCAGGAGUUCCUCGGUUUUCUCCUCGACGGGCUUCAAGAGGACUUGAACCGCAUCAAGAAGAAGCCCUACAUCGAGAAGCCCGACUCCACAGACGAUAUGAUCAACAAUCCGGAGGCGGUCCGCGAGAUGGCAGCCAAGGUCUGGGACAUCACCAAGAAGAGAGACGACUCGGUCAUUGCCGAUCUCUUCACCGGCAUGUACAAGUCUACCCUGGUGUGUCCCGUCUGUGACAAAGUCAGCAUCACUUUUGACCCUUUCAACAACCUUACCCUACCGCUUCCGGUGGCCAAUGUCUGGUCUCGUAGCGUCAAGUUCUUUCCCCUAAACGAUGUGCCCGUCGAGAUUGUUGUCGACCUCGACAAGAACAGUAGUAUCAGGGCUCUGAAGCAGUACAUUGCCGUGCGGGUCGGGGUGCCCGCUGAGCGCCUCUUUGCGGGCGAAGAGUUUCACUCCAAGUUCUUCAAGUUCUACGAUGACGGGUCCGCAGUCUCUGACGAGAUCCAGUCGAGCGAUGUCGCCGUCGUGCACGAGAUCGAGGCAGCCCCUACUAAUGUUUACGGCCCCAAGAAACAGCUGGCGCUCAACGGCCGGCUGGCGUCACCGUCGCAAGACGAGGACGAUUCCUCUCCGGUCGAGGAUCCCCGACUGGAGCGCAUGCUCGUCCCAGUCCUGCACCGCAUCGAUCCCUCGGAUCCUUCGGCCAGGAAGCGUUAUGUGCGCAAGAGCGACACCGCCCUUCCUCCGCCGCACUUCAUCGUCCUAACGCCGGAGGAGGCGCGUGACUUGGAGGCCAUCCGCCGCAAGAUCCUGGAGAAGGUCGCCACCUUCACGACUUGGUCCAAGCUGUCGGCUCCCGAGGACACGGAUGUGGCCGAGGGCACGGACUCGGAGAUGGUGAACACGACUGUGUCCGAUGCAGAUUCCGCGGGCGAUUCCAAGGUCGUUGCCAAGUCGGUGGAAGGAGAGGACGACAUGGUCGACGUUACUAUGCGUGACGCCUCUGAUGCGCGUAACAACACCUCCGCCGCUACGCCCGUCGAAGAGACACCAAAGGUUCUGAAACGUUUCAAUAAGAGGCGGCCCAAGUGGGUUAACCCUGUCGAGUUCUUGGAUCCCGAGCUGCAAAAUCUGUUUGACAUGAGCUACUUCUACGAGUCGGGCACAACCGUCCCCACCGGCUGGACUUCCACUACGGAUGAAGGCGUUUUGCCGCGGCUGAGCUCCAGGCUGCCUAGGGUGGCCGCCUCGGACAUCGAGAUGCAGAGCCCCGCAACCCUGGAUGGUUCCGACGAGAGUGGCAGCGAGGGAUCCGGUAGACUGCCGGCCACUGUUGUCACUCGCAUGGCCGAGGAGUCUAGCGACGAGGACUCGGAGUUCACGAGGCACAAGAACUUCCACUCACGGCCAGGCAAUCAAUUUAACGGCCGCAAGAGAGGUGGGAAGCACAAGACUUACGGAAAGGGUAAGGGCCGUUUCAACAAGCAAAAUCGACUUUCCCGCGGCAAGCAGCCGGCGGCGCAGCCGGCGGCCGUCGAGAUGCCCGAAGAGUCCCUUCCCACGGGCGCUCUGGUCGGCCUGGGCGAGGGUAUCGUAGUCGAGUGGAGCGAGGCUGCCUUUGACCUCGUCUUCGGUGGCGCAACGCCCGAUGAGAUGCGGGGUAUGAAAACGUAUCUCAAGGUUCCGACGUUGGAAGACCCCGGCCUGCAGGCAAAGCAGAAAGCGCGGCAGUUGCGUAAGAAGCAUGGUAUCGCCCUCGACGACUGCCUGGACGAGUUCGAGAAGGAAGAGAUUCUCUCGGAACAGGACACGUGGUACUGUCCUCGCUGCAAGGAGCAUCGCCGUGCGAGCAAGAAGUUCGACCUCUGGAAGACACCGGAUAUCCUCAUUGUCCACCUCAAGCGUUUCAGUUCUAGCGGGUGGAGGCGGGACAAGCUGGACAUUCUCGUCGACUUCCCCGUGGAGGGUCUCGAUCUCACAAAGCGCGUCAUCAAUAAAGAGGAGGGAAAGGAGGAAGUUUUCGACUUGAUCGCCGUGGACGACCAUUGGGGCGGCCUAGGCGGCGGCCACUACACGGCCUUUGCCAAGAAUUUUAUCGACGGCGAGUGGUACGAGUACAAUGAUUCUUCGGUCAGUAAACAGAAAGACACCUCUCGCGUGGUUACCUCGGCAGCGUAUCUCCUGUUCUACCGUCGCCGCUCCAAGGUCCCCUUGGGCGGUCCCAGGUUCCAGGAGAUCUCCGACCGUUUCAACCAGUCCGCCCUCCGUGAUGACGCGUCGGAUUCGGGGGAAGGCGAGCGUCUCGGCCAAGGCUCCUCCCAGCGUGGAUCGCCGAGCGCUUUGACCGGAGCCGGUCCAGCUCUCCUUCGGGAAAGUCGUGGUUGGGAUAAUAGUGGUAGACGUGCUGCGUCGGAGCGGCCGUCGUACCGGGGCGGCAACAACGACGACGACGCCGACAUGGGUACGACCUGGAGUAACCAGGACACUCUGCACAACAGCAUUGAGGGUGACGGCGAGGAUGAAGGGAUCGGCCUGUCAGACUACGACACCGCGGGUAUGGCGGGCAUGACCUCCAUCAUUGGGCCUACCAGUUGGAGUUUCGGCAAUCUCGUCGAGGGCAGCAAGCCCGGUUCCGAGGUUGGCGGUGGCGACGACAUUGCCAGCGACAUUGCGCAGAAUGACGGAUCGUCGGUCCAAGGCGACAUGACCGACGUGUUCGACGAUGCUUCGGGGAUGGAGCACCUGCUCUCGCGGGAUCCCGAAGCCGACUAUGUUGGCCCGCCCGAGCCGACAGCGCCGGUUGUCGGGUUUGUGGGCGACGACGAGUACGGCAUCCCGCCGCCGCCGUCGGCAGCGGACCAAGAGUUGAUCGGCAAGCUUGCCGAGCAGGCGUGGGUCGAUGGAGAGGUCCACAAAGUCCCUCCUGUGGGUGAUCUCGGCGUGAUCGAAGACGAUCAGGCGAGCGACAAGGUUGCCGAGAUCCAUGUCGACGAUCCGGAGAUGGAAGACCAAACGACGGCGGCUGCUGCUGCUACUGCUGCUGCUGCGCCGGAGGGUAAGUCGCCCGCUUAGAGCGGCAAGGCGACAUCUCCCCAUAGGCGACCUUUGAAUGGCGACCUAGCUACGCC